AUGUCCCCCACCAGAAGGUUCAACGACCCCACCUCCCUUACUUCAAGUGUCACUUUCAGCCGAGCUAAACAAAUGAAUACAUUUACUGUUUCCGGAAAAUUGUCAAGAGAUGUUGGCAAAAAUACCAGAAUUGUGAUUUCAUUUGUUGAUUUAAAUAAAAAUACCGUAGUAUUCGAGGAAUUUGCUUGUACUAAAGGGCGAUGCCCAAUUAAAGCUGGUGACCAAUAUACCAAAACGAUGACAGUUGAAGUACCAGGCAACUUAACUAGUUCGUACGUUUUGACAGUUGGUGUUGGAUAUACAUCUGAGCCUAUAGGCUGUGCAUUUGCUACUAUAUAG